AUUAUUAAAUAGAAAUAUGAGGAAAAAAAAGAAUUUAUUUUUAAAAAAUCAUGUUUUUUUUUUCUUACAGAAAGUAUACAAAAACUGAAUUCAAUGAUUUUGAACAUAUUGAAAAUUUCGAAAAAGGUUUUUUACUCUUAUUGGUUCCUUUUAUGAACAACUAAGAAAGUAAUAUGAAAUUCUUAUGUUACCUUGCUCGAGAACUGUACUCAUAGGAUAUUUCAUAGGAAAACAGAUUAUUUAACCAACAAAAUUAAUCAGUUGCAACAUCACAACAGGCAGUUAAUAUUCAUCAUAGUCAGACAAAUCACCUAGGUCAUCACAUCAUAUUUUGUACAUUCUUUGAAACUUGGAAAACUGCAGUCAGUCAAGGGGAUAAUUAUAAAAUCAAUGAUGAAUCAGUAAAUUAUUUAAACGAUCAGUUAUUAAUUGAUUAUGUUUGUAAAUAAAUUGUAAAAAUCAGUAAAUGUCAUUUAUUAGCAGUCGAUUAUAUUAAAGGAUCAGUAUAAAAGUUGAUAUGAUUAUAAAGUGAGUCACUUUUAUUUUUAUUUUUCUUUGGCUACAGCUGUUCUACAUAUAUUGUCGUUCUUGUGACCUACUUCUUUCAACCUAAAUAUUUUGUAAAUAGGAAGAAUCAUUAUUUUAAUUCGUAUUCAGAGGCGGCAGGAAGAGGUCAAAGCAGGAGAAGGGUACUUUCGAAAAAUGGGAAGAAAUGUGAAAAAAAUAUUUCCAACUUCACAUUUUGAAGUAGGGUAGGCGAUUUUUUUUCUGAAGUUUUUAUAAAUUUUUCAAGUUUUCGAAAAUCGUUGAACAAAAAAAUUAAAAUUUUCAAAAUCAGAGGGCGGAUACUCUGCUUCAACCUCCCGGUCGCGCCGUCCUGAUAACAAGAGAUGGAUAACUUUUGAUCAAUUCAAAAACUCAUUUGAUAUUUGGCGUAUGGAAAUACAAAAUGAUUUUCAUUGGAAAACAUCAAAAUGCAACUGUCCAGCUUUUUUCUAAGAAUUAUAUAUGUAAACACAUUAUGGAUAUGCCUAUUCCUUUGAAGUACUGUGAACUAUCAGCAACAACGAAGGUAGUGCCGAUCGAUGAGAAAAGAAAAUGCGAGAUAGACCAGCAAAGACUAAAACUGUUUUACUAAUACAAUGAUUCAAUUUCUACUUACUCUAUGACUUUUUGAUUUAUUUUAAUUUAUAUUUAAAUAUUAAUCAAAAUUUCUAUAUGAGUUUAGUCAAAUAAAAACAAUGAAACUAAGCAAAAUAUCAUUGGGUUAUUUCUUAUGAUUCUAACCAACUUAUUCAUCACCACAUGAGUGUUUCGAGAAAAGAAUCAAAAAAAAAAUUACAUUUUUUUUUCUUGUUCUGUUUUUAAAACAAGAGAGAUUUCUUUGUUGUCACAUCGUAUACAUAUCCUUGGAAUAAAAUUGCACAAUCACUACAUUUACUUGUGACAUACAUACACAUGUAACAAACUCUCAUUCUUUCACUUGACGUCAUAAACAAACGUCAGAGAAUGAUUGUAUACACCUUCAAUAUAUCUCAUCUUAACCUUUCAUUUUAUUCUUAACUAGAAAAUUUUCAGUGAUCUAUAUCUUUAUACAUUCCAUAAUGAUAAUAACUUAUUAGAGGAAAUUAUGAUUCGUCAAAAAAUAUCAUCAAAUCCAGAAUCCAUGCAAGAAUUACAUCUUAAAUAUGGUUGGAUACCUGGAGCUGAAAGUAUUCGACCUAAUACUGCCAUCAAAGAAAAAAAGAAUAAUUACAUAACGAAUAUGUUAAAUCGCUAUGUUAGUCUUCAAGAUUUGGUACUACAUCGAUUUUUUGGAUUGCAAUUUGCUCUACAAGGUGAUUGGACUAAUUCAAGAAUGCAUGUUCCUGAUACAGAAAUAUCUUCUGCUCGACUAACUGUGGCAAAAAAUUCGAAAACUCAUGAAUUUCGAUUCGUUCCAAAUUCGUUCUCUUAUGAAGUUCCAACUGGUACAAAUCAUUAUGUUCUUUGGUUUCUUUUAAAUGGAAAUGAAAAUAUUGAUCCAAUAACACAUUCACCUAUAACUGAUGAUGAAAUUAAUUCAAGUAUUGAACAAGCACUUCGACAAUUAUUAGAUUCUAAUAAUAAUAAAUUUUCAUUUGUAUGGUAUCUCAAUCCAAAACCGACAAUUAUUUCUGAUGUUUUAUAUCAUGUACAAGUUUUUUGGAUACCUUAA